GAGGUAAUCCAUUUGGCAACAUGCCAGAGUAUGUCGAUUUCAUUCUCAGUGUCGUACCCGGAGGUCUGGAUGUGCGGGAUGGUGGCUCCAACCGGAAUGUUGUGAACGCGCGAUUCGCCAAAUUCUACACCGAGCAUGGAGAUGCCAAGCGGGGUAGAGUAGCAGAAUCACUCGCUCUCGAGAGGCGUCUUAGCAUUUCACAGGUGGUGGAGAUCAAGAGGCGAGGUGGCUUUUAUACGCGUCGCCCGUUAUGGUCGAGUGCAUCCGGGCCAAGUGGCAUGUGA